CUGUCAGACCUGAGCUUGCAGUGAUCGUACGCAGAAGCGAGGAGAGUGGCUCUGGAAAGCAGACGGCUUCUUGCUGGGAAGUGGGCUGCCUGGCCAUGCUCUGGGCGCUCUGGCCAAGGGGGCUGGCAAGCAAGGGGCUGCCUCUCCUGGGGGUAGUGUUGCUGCGAAAAAGAGAGAAGAGGGGACCUCAGUGGAGUCACUGCCGGCGGGAAACCCACCCAUACUAUGACCUCCAAGUGAAAGUGCUGAGGGCCAGAAACAUCCAGGGCAAAGACCUGCUGUCCAAAGCUGACUGCUACGUGCAACUGUGGCUGCCCACGGCAUCUCCCAGCCCCGCCCAGACAAAGGUGAUAGACAACUGCAGUGACCCUGAGUGGAAUGAGACCUUCCACUACCAGAUCCAUGGCGCUGUGAAGAAUGUCCUGGAGCUCACCCUCUAUGAUAAGGACGUCCUGGGCAGCACUGAACUCUCCCUGCUGCUGUUUGACCUGAAGAGCCUCAAGCCUGGUCAACCCCACAAUCACACCUUCCUACUCAACCAACAGGAUUCACAAGAGCUGCAGGUGGAGUUUGUUUUGGAGAACAGUCAGGCGCCUGCAUCUGAAGUCAUCACCAAUGGAGUCCUGGUGGCUCAGCCCUGUCUGAAAAUCCAAGGCACCCUUGGGAAAGAUGAGACAGCUCCACAGCAAAAGUAUGGAUCUAGGCAGAUUCGUCUGGCAGUGCCCGGGGCCUACGAGAAACCACAGCUCUUGCCCCUGCAGCCCCCUGUGGAGGCUCACCUCCCAGACACCUUUACCUUCCAUGUGAACCCAGUGCUUCGCUCCAGGUUGCACGUGGAGGUGGGGGAGAAGCUCACGGUCCUGCAGAGCGACCCGAGUGCUGAGCUGGAGGCUCAGACCAGCAGCCUGGGCGAAGGGGGCAUCCUGCUCUCCUCUCUGGCCCUAGGUCAGGAGAAACAGCGCUUGGUGGCUGUGGGGAAGGGCCAGGAGGUGCCUCUGAGGGUGAAGGCAGAAAUGAGCUCUGGGGACCUUGACCUGCGCCUGGGCUUUGACCUCUGUGAUGGGGAACGACAGUUUCUGGACAAGAGGAAGCAGAUCGUAUCCAAGGCCCUGCAGCAGGUGCUGGGAUUGAGCCAGGCUCCUGCCAGUGACCAGGUGCCUGUGGUGGCUGUGCUGGGCUCUGGAGGCGGAACCCGUGCCAUGUCUUCCCUGUACGGCAGCCUGGCAGGGUGGCAGGAGCUCAAUCUCCUGGACACUGUGACCUACCUGAGUGGGGUCUCUGGGUCUACCUGGUGCAUCUCCACACUCUAUAAGGACCCAGCGUGGUCCCAGGUGGCCUUGCAGGGCCCCACUGAGCAGGCCCGGGCGCGGGUCUGCAGCAGUAAGAAGGGGGCGGUGUCCACGGAGCGCCUGCAGUACUAUGCUGAGGAACUGAAGAGCCUGGAAAGCAGCAGCCAUAGCAUCUCCCUCAUUGACCUCUGGGGCCUCCUCAUUGAAUAUUUCCUGUACCAGGAGGAAAACCCCGCCAAGCUGUCUGACCAGCAGGAGGCAGUCAGCCGCAGCCAGAACCCUUAUCCCAUCUACGCCAGCGUCAACGUCCGCACCGAUGUCAGCGGGGACGACUUUGCAGAGUGGUGUGAGUUUACCCCCCACGAGGUCGGCUUCCCCAAGUAUGGGGCGUAUGUUCCCACCAAGCUCUUCGGCUCAGAGUUCUUCAUGGGGCGACUGCUGAAGCUCUGGCCAGAGCCCCGGAUCUGCUACCUGCAGGGCAUGUGGGGCAGCGCCUUUGCAGCCAACCUGGAUGAGAUCUUCCAGACCGCGGGCUUCAACCUCGGCUUCCUGGACUGGCACCGAGGCAGUGUGAACGUCACAGACGAGCACCAGAAGCUUCGAGACCCCACGAGGCUGCGAACGAGGCUCUUCACCCCCCAGGGGCCCUUCUCCCAGGCCGUGCUGGACGUAUUCACCUCCCGCUUUUCCUCCGCCGAGAACUUCAACUUCACCAGUGGCCUCUGUCUGCACAAGGACUAUGUGGCCGGCAGGGAGUUUGUGGCCUGGAAAGACGCACACCCGGACGCCUUCCCCAACCAGCUCACCCCCAUGCGGGACUCCCUGUGCCUGGUGGAUGGGGGCCUUGCCAUCAACUCUCCAUUCCCGCUGAUCCUGCUGUCGCAGAGAGCGGUGGACCUCAUUGUGUCUUUUGACUACUCCCUGGAUGCCCCUUUUGAGGUCUUACAGAUGACAGAGAAGUGCUGCCUGGACCGAGGCAUCCCCUUCCCCAGAAUCGAGGUGCUCUCUGAGGAUCUGGAGAACCCCCGCGAGUGCUACCUGUUUGCCAGGGCCGAGGACCCCCGCGCACCCAUUGUGCUGCACUUCCCCCUGGUCAACCGAACCUUCCGCACACACCUGGCCCCAGGUGUGGAGCGACAAACAGCUGAAGAGAAGGCCUUUGGGGACUUCGACAUCAACGGGCCAGACACCCCCUAUGGCAUGAUGAACUUCACCUAUGAGCCCGAGCAGUUUGAUCGGCUGGUAGCCCUGAGUCGAUACAAUGUUCUGAACAAUGUGGAGACCAUCAAGCAGGCCCUCCAGCUGGCUCUGGACCGGCGGCAGGCUGGGGCCCGGGCUGGAGGCUGACCCGGGCUGGAGCCAAGGACUGUGGUGCAGGAGGGACCGUGGGCUCCAGACCAGGGCUUGGUAGAGGGAGGAGUGGGCUCUGUGGGGCUUCUGCCUCCCAUCUUCCCAUCUUCCCUGCCUUAAGGUCCACCAGGUUCCAGAAGCUCCUACAGAUUUCAGCUUGUACGUGGCAGAGCCCUUCUCAUAUGUGUUUCUGGGAGAAGAUGGGGCAGUAGGUGUCUCUGGGGGCUCUUGGGGAUGUGAGGCAGAAGUGAGCAGUGCUCAUUUUAGAGGGGAUCGAGGCAAUAGUCUAGUCCCAGGGCCCACCCCACAUGCAGAAGGGCCUGCGACCCUCACCAGAAUGGGAGCUGUGAGUGCUGAGGUGCAGGUUACUCUCCUUAAACUGAGACUAAAAGCAAAGAUGCAUCCAUCCAAUACACACAUGGCCCAAUCCCUGAUACCCUCUCCUCCCCAGCCCCUGCCCUGUCCCCUGCUCCUGGGUGCAGUGUGAGUGCUCUCAAGAAUAAAGGGGGACCACAUGGGUUGCCAGUCUAGGUCACUAACUUUAUCAUCCUCCCCACCCCCCCGCCCCCAAAUAUGUUUUCACUAGAGACCCGUUGCAUGAAGAUUCACGCAAUAGGCCUUCCUUCCCCUGGCUGCUGGCACUGGUUUUCCUCCAGCACCCGGGACCCAGGCCUUUGGUUUGGCUGCAGCAGCGAGGCUUGGCUUCUCCGCUCUGGCUGCAGCGGAGAAGCCAAGCGUCUUCAGUCUUCAGUCUUUGCUCCGAGCCUGCAUAUGCAAAUUAACCACCAUCUUUGUUGGGUUAAUUUGCAUACUCAUCCUGAUUGGCUGGUGGGUGUAGCGGAGUGACACCAAUUUUAGAUGCUUCUCUUUUAUUAGUGUAGAUUGGUUUCAGAGAGGAAGGGAGAAGGAGAGAGAAUGGAAACAUCAAUGAUGAGAGAGAAUCAUUGAUUGGCUGCCUUCUGCAUGCCCCACACUGGCGAUCCAGCCUGUAACCUGGGCAUGUGCCCUGACCAGGUAUCUAACAGUGACCUGGUUUAUAGGUCGACACUCAACCACUGAGCUAUGCUGCUGGGCUCCAUCAUCCUUUUUGCUAACCCCCAUCCCUCUUCACUGCUCAUGGCCCUUCUAUGCUCAGCCUCCUGAAGGCCGUAGGGUGAUGGCCAGUCCUGGCCAGGCUCCAGCUGGUGGGUGUGCACAUUGUCUCCCUGCUAAUCACUCACACUGCACUUUUUAAACUUGGGCCACAUUCCCUCAUCAUGUGUACAGCUUCCACCCAUGCAAAUAGUCUCACCAUCCCAUCAGGGUGUGUCUAGAGGGCGUAUCCAUGUGUCAAGGGACAGAGUGAAUGCGCCCCUGCAUGUGUGUGCAUGCUCCUCGUGAAGGCAGGCUGCAGAGCUGCUAAUCUGUUGGCCAGGGCUGUGCAGUGGCAGAGGGAAACUGGCUGGGAACUCGGGCACCUUGGUUCCUGCCUCUUUCACAGAUUCGGCCGAUGAUCUGAGCAAUCUCUCUUUCCCUGUUUCUCAUUUCUCCUGACCCACCUGGGACACUGGAAAUAUCUGGAGCCUCUCCAGCAGGGGUAGAUUUUAGGUCAGUGGAGAGGCGAGCACGCUGCCCAGGCUUGGUCUGGGGGCUCUCCGGGUCCCUUGCCUGCAGCCUCACAGCCUCGUCCUCCUCAGCCCUGCCCCUGGGCCACCUGGGGCCCUUCCAUGACCCAGCUGGUAUAGCCACGUGAACACGUGCUCCUACUGCCCCCUCCACCUGGAGUGCGCUCUUUGGCUGCACCUCCUCCUCUCCUGACGCAUGCUCUCCAGGACCAGUCACCAUUUCUCUUUCAAUCAGGACAAAGCCACAGGCGUGCUGAGUCUGGGAAGAAGACCCUAGUUCUGAAUUCCAUUGGGAAGAAGGCAGCUGGGUCCCAGCCUCUGGCCCUGGCCUGGCCUGGGACCCCCCAGCCUCCAGCUGGACAUGAGCUGGGAGGACUGAGGGAGUCGGGCCUCGAAGGCCCAGUGAUUUUGGCUGGCAUGGGGUGGGGACAGCUUGAUUCUCUCCUGCCUCCUCACCAUUGCUGCUCAUCAUAGGCCAACACCACCCCUGCCUCUCAGUUCAGCAGUAAGAGGUUCCCUUUGGGGCAGCCCCAGGCUGGUCCCUGAGCUCCUGUUAUGGCAACUGUUAUCACCACUGCUGCGCCCACCAUCAUCAACAACUUGUUAUUAGGGCCUCCAUAGAGUUUAUAACUUAGAACUUCAUAGAUUUCUUAGGACUUGAACUCAUAAAGUUCACAGAAUUCUUAGACCUUUCUAGGGCUCAACACUCUGAAUCUUUAGCCUGUCUCAUUUAAUGCUGCACACAGUCCCGGGCUGUCUCUGACCCCCGAAAAGUAAACCCUCCAAGGGCAGAAAUUUGUGUUUUGUUUGCUGCUCUAUCCCCAGUGGUUAGAGCAGUAGCUGACACAUAGUAGGUGCUCAGUAAUAUUUGACAUAUAAAUGAAUGGGUCCUACAGUCUAAAGAGAUGGGUCACUACCUACCAACCAUGAAAAGGUGUAUAACACUCUACUCCAGUGGUUCUUAACCUAUUUGGAUCUUUUUGAAAAGCCUAUGAAAGACUUCUCCCCACAAAAUGCAAAUAUAUAUGAAAAGUUGUGUACAACAAGGUCUCUGCUUCACUAUGUGAUCACCACCCCCAGGGUGGUGGAGCCGGUGUUUGCCCUCCCAAGCCAGCAAGUUUUGGGAAGAAAGCAGGCAUGUGGGCUUGUGCAGAGCUGGUUGGUACCUUCAUUCUCACAGAAGAAUUGGAAGAGCCAUGUUGGCUCCUAUUAGGUUUCGAAAGACAGGGACAAGCUGGGCAGGCAGGAAGCGGGCGGCUGGUCCAGUGCUAUAACCAAGAACUUGGUCAGCAGGUGCUGCAAAGGUAAUCUCAGCUACAGAAUGAGGAAACCUCUCCAGGAUUAGAUGUGGGAGUCAAUGAGAGUGAGAAGUUGGGAGGUCAAAGAUGUCCUGGCCAGUUUGGCUCCUGCUCCUUAGAUGUGGCUUUUUUAGACACAUCUCCAGGCAUUCAGAAGAGUCUUCUGCAGAAAAAAGAAAGAGGAGGGGUUGGAAAGAAGGGCGGGAGGGAUGGGAGGUGGGAAGGAAUGAAGUGUACAAAUUUAUAUACACAUAUAUCCAUCACUAUAAUCAAGAUAUAAGCCCGACUGGCAUGACUCAGUGGUUGAACAUCGACCUAGGAACCAGGAACUCACGGUUCUUCCAUCAGGGCACAUGCCCAGGUUGCAGGCUCCAUCCCCAGUGUGGGGCGUGCAGGAGGCAGCCAAUCAAUGAUUCUCUCUCAUCACUGAUGCUUCUAUCUCUUUCCCUGUCCCUUCCUCUCUGAAAUCAAUAAAAAUAUAUUAAAAAAGAAAAGAUAUAGAAUAUUCCCACCACCUUCAAAAGUUCUCUGGUGUUCCAUCCCAGCCAAUCUCCCGUUCCUGGUCCCGGCGACCCCUGAUCUGCUCUCUGUCACUAUCAUGGGCACUCUUUUUUGUCUGGCUUCUUUCAUUCAACAUAAUGCUUUCGAGAUUCAUCCAUGUUGUUGUAUGUGUCAGUGGUCUGUUCCUUUUUACAGCUGAGUAGGAAUUGUAUGGAUAUACCACAGUUUGUUUAUUUGUUCACCUGCUGAUGGAAUUUUAGGUUAUCUCCAGUUUAGGGCUCUCAUUAAGCUUUUAAUAUUAAACUCCCAAUUUUAAAAAACAUUUUAAAUUUAUUUCAGAGAGGAAGGGAGAGGGAGAGAGAGAGAUAGAAAUAUCAACGACGAGAGAGAACGCCCCACACUGAGGAUCGAGCCCACAACCCGGGCAUGUGCCCUUGACCGAAAUCAAGCCCGGGACCCUUCAGUCCCCAGGCCAACACUCUAUCCACUGAGCCAAAUUGGCUAGGGCUUAAACUUCCGUUUUUUGUAUGUU